UGCUGUGAAACUAUCACUUACAAACACACGCACUUACAGUUUUAUUGUUAUAAUGAUACAUUUAUGUUUCAACAUGUUAAAUUCAUGUUUUCACGCGAGUAUAAAUGUUUUUACUAGAGCUAUCUUGUUAGUGAUAAGUGCUAGUGUGUAUCAGUCUUUUGUGUUGAUAGAAGUUUUUUUAAAUAGCUACAAUUUGUUGUAUCCGCCUUAUCUGUCUAAACCGGUGGUGAAGAUAAAGUAUGUGGGGUCAAAUGUCGUUGGUUUUGUAGUGGGAAUUAUAGCGGCAGAGACAGCCAUGAUGAACGGGUUCAUGCGCCGGUUUCUCCGGUUCCUGGUGUCAUUGCUGGCGAUCCUGGUGUACCCCCUGACGGUACUCCUGAACAUUAAGCGAACCAAGAAGUGCCCGCCGCCUAAGAACCCCAUACUCUUCAAAUCUGCCACAACAUUGGCGAUGAUGAUCAGGAAUAAACAGAUCACCUCCGAAGAACUAGUGACAGCUUACAUAGAACGAUGUAAAGAAGUCAAUCCUUAUUUAAAUGCUGUAGUGGAACCUCGAUAUGAGCAGGCUCUUCGAGAAGCCAGGAGCAUAGACAAGAUGAUAGCCUCGACGGACAGGUCUCCCGACGACUUGGCUAAAGAGUACCCGUUGUUGGGUAUUCCUAUGACUGUGAAGGAAAGCAUCGCUGUGGAAGGCAUGAGCAACGACUGCGGCACUGUAUACCCGUACAGGAACCCUGCCAAAAGCGAUGCUGACAUCAUCAAGCUCGCCAGGGCCGCCGGAGCCAUCCCCAUUGCAGUCACAAACACUCCUCAGCUUUGUAUGAACUGGGAGACCUAUAAUAAUGUCACAGGGUUGACUAUGAACCCGUAUGAUCAGAAGAGGACGACUGGCGGAUCUUCUGGGGGAGAGGCGGCGUUGAUAGCUUCAGCGGCGUCGGUGAUGGGCGUAGGAUCAGACAUCGCUGGCUCUCUGAGACUGCCGCCUAUGUUCAACGGAAUCUUCGGACACAAGCCCACACCUAGACUUCUGUCAGUUGAAGGUCACGUUCCAAGCUGCUUAGAUCCAGAUUUUGAAGAAUAUUUCGCAUUAGGUCCAAUCGCACGGUAUGCUGAAGACUUGAGUUUGCUGUUGAAGGUGUUGAAGAGACCUGGAAGUCCUGAUGUCCCAUUUGAUAAGCCUGUGGACAUAACAAAAUUGAAGUUUUACUACAUGGAAGGUGACGGCAGUAACGUGUCUAACCCUAUCGGGGCAGACGUCAGAAACGCUUUAGAAAAAGCCAAAGAAUACAUCAAGAAUACCUACAACAUAGAAGUUCAACCUCUGAAAAUAAAGAACAUAGAACACAUGUGGGAGAUUGGGAUACGAGUGCUAAUGAACAUACGACACGUACAGAACAUAUACACAGACCCAGAGAACCGAGAGAAAUGGAUAUCAAUAUGGCCAGAAGUUCUGAAGAAAAUGUUCGGAAUGUCGAACCAUAAUUUUCUGUGCGUGGCGUACGGACCACUGCAGAAAUUCUUCGACGCCUUGCCAAAGAGUUACUACAAAAACUUGUUGACACUUUUCGAUGAGAUCAAGAGCGAUUUUGAGAAAGCUCUAUCAGACGACGCAGUGCUGCUGUUCCCCACAUUCCCCUACCCGGCUCAUCUACACUAUCGGAUAUACUACAAAUUCCUCAACUGCGGGUACCUCACGAUCUUCAACGCCUUGGGGUUGCCAGUAACAGCUUGCCCCAUUGAAUUAACUCCCAAAGGAUUGCCAGUCGGUAUUCAGAUUGUGGCGAACAAGUGUAAUGAUCAUUUGACGAUAGCUGUAGCUAAAGAAUUUGAAAAGGCGUUUGGUGGAUGGGUUCCGCCAAAUAAAGAUCUCGAAGAAGUUGUUAAGACUGCUUGAUUAGGUUCACUUAGGUUUAGGAAUCUGAUAUUUUGGAUGUUUUUAUGAGAUGAAGAUAAAGAUUUUUGUAACUGUUUCCCUUGUAAAUUAAAAAAUCAAAUGUAUGUAGGUAAUAAAAUGUAGGUAUUCAACAUUUUAUGGACAGGGUAUUCGUUUGUUAUAAUGUAUAGGUCUGUUUUUGUCAUAAUACUGUCUUCCCUAGUUGUUACCCUUAUUUUAUCAUGCUUUAUUAUAUUUUUAUUUUCAAAUAUCUUUGAAACAUUGAUCAAUUUUUACACUAAACUUGCUAAGAAAGUUUAGUUAAUGUUCAAAUAAUAAGUAUUUGCAUUGUAUUCAAUAAAAUUAUUUUCUUAAAACGAACAGUAGGAGAACACCUAAUCUUGUGAUAUUACUAUUAUUUCUAGACUUUUGGACACUAUCACUGAAUCUCAUUUCCUUCAUAACACAGCUUAUUAUGCUAAACGUAGCCUUCACUAUUUGUAUGUGUUUUUGUUAAAUAAGUAAUAAGUCUAUUUAAAAAGUACCUAUGUAUCUCAGAAUUUUGUAAAAUUUUAAACAAUUUUCUUGACAAUCUUAUCAUUUAGAUAUAAAGAUUAAGAUUCAUGAAUUACCUGAAAAGAACUGAAGAAAUCUAAGAAGUUAGUUUACUGUGUUCUCAAUCAUUCCACCGUAAACAAAUGUUACAAAUGUACGCUUGCCUACCAAUUGUACUUAAUUCCUAUAAUCGUGCAUAAAUUUACAUAAUACUAUUUGAAAAUAUAAAAUCAGUGAAAAAAAUAAAAAUAAUUAAUAAGGUACCUAUUAUGUGUAAAUAUAUUCAUUUGUACAUCACUGUAGGCUUUUAUUAGAUAAAUUAUUGCUAAAGUACUUACAUCACAAUACAAUUGAAUAAUUAGUGACAAAAUUCUACAUUUGUUCUGCAAUAUAU